CACAAUUUUGUCUUCAACUUUCAAGCGAUUAAGGCAAUAUUUCAAAUCUCAAAUUCAAUUCACACGACUACCGCGAGAGUAAGCAUGAAGAAAGAAAGAGAAAAUCCCGAAAAUCUCUCCCUGCGAAUACGAAAAUGUACGAGAAGAUUUAGAACUUCCGCAGAAAAGGGAAAUUUUUGAUUUUGAGAGACGAAAAAGAGAAAUUAGGGCGGACAAAAUCACCCCCCACCAGGAAAAAUCCAGUGGGAAAAAGCGCACACGCACAGCAAAAGCGAACGAAUGGUAUCUUCUUCUACCGACCCUGAUCUUACUUUUUCUCGACGGCAUCUCCAAUCCAUUUGGCUGAGUAGACAUUCGAAGAGAUCAGCGGAUCGAAGAAUCAGAAUACCCAAUUUGAUUUUCUCACUUAUGGAGAAGAAGAAGAAGCAAAGGGGUGAAACCAGAGUGUAGGGAAGUAGAAGGGCAGAAAAUGGGCAUUCUGUAUGAGGAUUCUGUGGUUAUUACUCCCGGAGAAAAGCCAGGGGAUCCUCAUGUUAUCACUGUAAAUUGCCCCGAUAAGACUGGUUUGGGAUGCGAUUUGUGCAGGAUCAUUUUGCUUUUUGGGUUAAGCAUUUCAAGAGGAGAUGUAUCGACGGAUGGGAAGUGGUGCUAUUUAGUUUUCUGGGUGGUGGGGAAGCCAACUACUAGAUGGCCUCUGUUGAAGAAGAGGCUGUUGGAAGUCUGCCCUUCCCAUUUUUCCACUACGGGAAUACGUUUUUACCAGCAAGAAAAGGAGAUACAGAAAAUUCCAGAUGUUUUCCUGUUAAAAUUUUGGUGUUCUUCUCAUCCUAAAGGCCUAUUACAUGACGUGACCGAGGUCCUUUGUGAGCUAGAACUAACGAUAAAAAGGGUCAAGGUUUCCACUGCUCCGGAUGGAAAAAUGAUGGACCUCUUCUUUAUUACCGAUACAAGAGAACUUCUUCACACGAGAAAGAGACAGGAGGAGACUGUCCACCAUUUGAAAACCAUCUUGGCAGAUGUCCUAAUGAGUUGCGAGAUCGAGUUGGCUGGCGUGGAAUUUACUGCAUGUUUGCAAGGUUCACCGUAUCUACCUUCCUCCAUUGCCGAAGAAUUGUUCAGUUUGGAGCUGCCACAUGAACCGCCCAACAGAUCUCUUCCCUCAAACUCAGUCGUUGUUGAAAUGGACAACACGAUCAGUCGUUCUCACACGAUUGUUCAACUUCUUUGUUUGGACCACAAAGGUCUUGUCUAUGAUAUCAUGAGAACUUUGAAGGACUACAACGUUCAGGUUUCUUAUGGACGGUUCUAUACCAAUUCAAAAGGGAAAUGUGAUGUUGAAUUAUUCACAUUGCAAUCAGAUGGCAGUAAGAUAGUCGACCCAAACAAGCAAAACGCUUUAUGUUCCCGUCUAAGAAUGGAGCUCACCCGCCCUCUUCGAGUCGCCGUGGUAAGCAGGGGUCCCGACACCGAGCUUCUCGUAGCCAACCCUGUAGAGUUAUCUGGCCGUGGCCGUCCCCUCGUCUUCCACGACAUUACUCUGGCACUCAAACAACUCAACACGAACAUAUUUUCGGUGGAGAUAGGGAGGCACAUGAUCCGCGGGCGGGAAUGGGAAGUUUAUAGAAUCUUGCUAGACGAAGGCGACAUCGGUUCGGUGCAAGAGAACGAGAUUGAAAAGGGCGUCAGAAAUAUACUGAUGGGAUGGUAAAACUUAACGAAAGAGUUUGAUACAUAGGUUGAUUUUACAGAAAUAGGUGUGUUUGAAACUGUACAGUCUGGUAGAAUAGAAAAGGAAACUAAGGCAGAGGGUGUAAAUGAGAGCUCCAUCAUGGAAAAGGAUACAACUUUGUUGAUAUUAUUAGUAACAUUUAAGAUUGGCAGUUCAAGUUCUAAUCAAUAGGUUUAUUCACAAAUUUCAA